UCGCGUUUCAUCGUUCACAUGCUCUCAACUAUGCAGGUUUACCAUAGGUUAUGACGGUACCAAAGUUAUUUUGAAGCCUGUUGCUGAUGUUAAGACUCUUAUGAUGUUUUGAAUUAAAUGCCCCAUUUUGCGUGGAGGGAAGCGUUUAUACCAUUUAUGCGCGGUGUUGCAAGAUGACCACUUCUUUUCAUGUAGCCUAAACUGGUGGUGUGCGGGGAAAAUAAACGCGCUCGACCCGGUGGUAUGAAACGCAACCGCUACCUUUGGUUUCAGAAAGGAACAGUGAAUUCCUACUCAGGUGUGAUCGAGUUUUCCUCCGAGAACUGCUCGCAACAUCAAGCAACAUAUAGGCCUCUCAGGGAUUAAAUUGGUCAAGCCUACCUGGAGUGACUGUGGGUCGCGGGCCACCAUGGCAAGCGCCGCAGAUGCAGAUGCGAAGGGGAAAUUUGAUUUGUUGGAGGAUAACCGAAUGGACUCUGGUGUUGAAUCCUUCCAAUCUUUAAUGAAAGAUGACCCCUUUACCAAAACAAAUCGGGAUUCGACUUCUGAACCCAGUGAAGCCAGGGACAAAUUGACCAUCACCAGCACAGAGGAGCGGUUGGAUUCUGCUUAUGGCUCAUCGUCACUAAAUGUUGAGAGUUUGAGUGAGAUUAUAGGGGGCUGCAACAUUUCAAAGUCUAAAGAUGACAGCGCAGAGAACACAGAAUGUAGUGAACAUGAAGAAAACCUUCUCACCACCAUCACUGAAGAUGGAGACACAGUCCUGCAUUUAGCCAUCAUCCAUGAAGAUGAACACUUUGCCCACCAAUUGAUACAGCUGUUCCCCAAACAUGUCUUGGACAUCCAGAACAACUUGUACCAGACGCCGCUACACCUUGCCACCUACCUGAACCUGUCUUCGGUGGUGCGGGGCCUUGUGGAGAACGGGGCCAGCCUGGAGCUGCAGGACCAGGAGGGCAACACGCCGCUCCACGUGGCCUGCGAACAGGGCCGGGCUACAUGCGCCACCGAGAUGACCCAGGAUGUCUCCCACAGCAUGCUGGGCUCUGUGCUGGAGACCCAGAACUGGAGAGGUCUCACCUGUCUCCACUUAGCCACUGUGAACAGACAGCAUUGUCUGAUGAAGCUACUGAUGAAGAAAGGGACAGACCUCAACAUCCAGGAAGGUACAAGUGGUAAGACAGCUCUCCAUCUGGCUGUGGAGCUCCAUGACAUCUUCUCUGUGACUCUGCUGCUGAACAUGGGAGCCGACAUGGACACGGCGAUGUUUAACGGCUGCACGCCACUUCACCUAGCGGUAGGCCGGCAGGACGCAGCCAUCGCCAACCUGCUCUGCCAGUCUGGGGCCGACAAGAUGCUAAGGAACAUGGAGGAUGAGACGGCACUGGAUCUAGCUGACGGCAAUGAUGAUAUCCUUGCUCUUUUCCCUUUUGAUGACAUUCAAAUCCAGGGCAGGUCAGUGGUUGGAGGGCCAUUCUGAGCGUACUCUCACCACCUGAAUAUACUCUACAGCUGGAGACAUUUGAAUCAUGAACAUCUGGAGCCUCAUCAUGGAGCCUCAUCGGAAAACUGUAGCUUUACUUCAAUCAUGUUUGUUAUUGUGUGAUGGUUUACUUUCAUUUAUAUUGUGUGUACACUGAGUGUACAAAACAUUAGGAACACCUGCUGACAUAGACUGACCAGGUGAAAGCUAUGAUCCCUUA